UACAAAAUGCAUGUCAUCUCUCUCCUCUUCUCCUACUUGCUCUCCCCGCCAUUUCUUCCCUCCGAGAAAUCACCAUUUUUCUUCUUCCAUGCCCCCAAACCCUAGCUUUCUCCCACUAUUUCCUCUCCAAUUUCAUCCCAAAAUUAAACUUCUCAUUAUCAGCUGCAAAAUCCACACACUUGUGAUGGUCCUUGAUGAAAAUGUGCAGUCAGAAAUGGCAGAAAACAAUGCCUCUGUUCGAAUCUUCGUAAUUUUUUUGGGUUUUUUCAUCAUCUCGGUGAAUCAAAUCGCUGCACAGCAGCAGCAGCUGCAGCAGAGCGGUAAUCCUGGUUCGAAGCCGCUAUUGGCGCAGGUCCUUUAUAGCAGUUUUAGCAAUUUCACUUCCUUGUUUGAUCCUGCCGUUACCAAUGAAUUGAAGUUCUGCAUCGAUGAUGUGGAUGCUGAGUGGAACGCAGCUUUUAAUUUCACCGAAAACACAGAUUUUUUGACAGCAUGCAUUAAUCAGACAAAAGGUGAUGUACUAAAGCGCUUGUGUACAGCAGCAGAGGUAAAGUUCUUUUCUCAACUUUUAACGCAAGGCGGUGGAAGAGGUAACCUGAAACCUAACAAGAAUUGUAAUCUAUCAUCAUGGGCUCCUGGAUGCGAGCCAGGAUGGGCUUGUAGUGUUGGAGAUAAUCUGGUUCGCCUUAAAGAUGCAAAGGAAAUGCCACCUAGAAUUCUUGAUUGUCAUCCUUGUUGUGAAGGUUUUUUCUGUCCUCGUGGUCUCACCUGCAUGAUACCCUGCCCAUUAGGUGCAUAUUGCCCUAUUUCAGAUCUCAAUGAUGACUCUGGUGCAUGUGAACCGUACCGUUAUCAACCUCCUCCAGGGCAGGCAAAUCAUAGUUGCGGUGGAGCAGAUGUCUGGGCUGAUGUUAUGAGUACUACUGAACUGUUUUGUUCAGCGGGAUUUUACUGUCCAACUACUGCACUAAAGAUUCCUUGCAAUAAAGGGCAUUACUGUAGAACUGGUUCUACAUCUCAAACAAGCUGCUAUAAAUUAGCUAUUUGUGAAUCACAAUCAGAUAAUCAAAAUAUCACAGCUUAUGGUAUUAUGUUUUUUGGUGGAAUUACACUUAUACUUGUCAUUAUAUACAACUGUUCUGACCAAGUGCUGAGCAGCAGGGAGAGAAAAUAUGCAAAGUCCAGAGAACGCGCAGCAAAAAGUGCAAGGGAGAAUGUACAGGCACGUGAGAAAUGGAAAUCUGCUAAAGAGAUUGCUCGCAAGCAUGCAACUGGUCUACAAUCUCAAUUGUCAAGGACAUUCUCCCGGAAGAAAUAUGUAAGUCAACAGGAUCCGCAUAAGGCUCCUAGUCACGCUAGAUCUCGUUCAGAAGCUGCCUUACCCCCCUUGCCCUUAGGUAUGUCUCACGCCAAAGCUAAAAAGCAAACCAACCUCACAAAGAUGGUGCAAGAGCUUGAAGAAGAUCCUGAUAGUCAUGAUGGUUUCAAUAUUGAGAUUGGGGACAAAAAUAUGAAAAAGCCUAAGGCUGAAAAGUUGCAAACCAAGAGCCAAAUCUUUAAAUAUGCAUAUGGUCAAAUUGAGAAAGAAAAAGCUAUGCAGGAGCAGAAUAAGAAUUUGACAUUUUCUGGUGUAAUCUCAAUGGCAAGUGAUAUUGAGAUUAGAACUAGACCUCCCAUUGAGGUGUGUUUCAAAGAUUUGACACUUACUUUGAAGGGGAAAAACAAGCAUCUAUUGAGGUGUGUAUCAGGAAAAUUAUCACCUGGCCGUGUUUCUGCUGUUAUGGGUCCAUCUGGUGCUGGAAAGACAACAUUUCUUUCUGCAUUGACUGGGAAGGCUGCUGGGUGUACCAUGAAUGGUGUGAUUCUCAUAAAUGGGAAGAAUGAACCGAUGCAAUCAUACAAGAAAAUCAUUGGCUUUGUACCUCAAGACGACAUAGUACACGGAAAUUUAACUGUGGAGGAGAAUCUUUGGUUUAGUGCUCGGUGCAGGUUGGCAGCUGAUUUGCCUAAACCUGAAAAGGUUUUAGUUGUUGAAAGAGUCAUAGAGUCCUUGGGAUUGCAACCUGUGAGAGAUUCUAUUGUGGGGACAGUGGAAAAGCGAGGCAUCUCUGGGGGUCAGAGGAAGAGAGUCAAUGUUGGGCUGGAAAUGGUUAUGGAACCUUCUUUGUUAAUCUUAGAUGAACCCACUUCUGGUUUGGAUAGCUCUUCAUCUCAACUGUUGCUCAGAGCAACCCGUCGUGAAGCUCUUGAAGGAGUAAAUGUAUGCAUGGUGGUGCACCAACCAAGCUAUACUUUGUUCAGAAUGUUUGAUGAUUUGAUACUUCUAGCCAAGGGUGGCCUUACAGUAUAUCAUGGACCAGUAAAGACAGUUGAAGAGUACUUUGCAGGCAUUGGAAUAACUGUACCUGAUCGCGUUAAUCCUCCUGAUCAUUUCAUUGAUAUUUUAGAAGGAAUUUAUAAACUCCCAAGCACAGGAUUGAGCUAUAAAGAUCUUCCCCUCAGAUGGAUGCUUCAUAAUGGUUACCCCAUACCACCAGACAUGCUAGAAUCUUCUGGAUCAAGAGCAUCUUCGGUUGGAGACAAUUCAGCUGAUUUAACAAGUCCUGCAACUGUUUCCUCUGAACAAUCUGCAGACCUGUGGGCAGAUGUUAAAUCCAAUGUUGAACAGAAGAAGGACCGCAUUCGAUUCAACUUUUUGGCAUGGACGGACUUGUCCAAUCGGAAAACCCCUGGUGUUUUGCUUCAAUACAAGUAUUUCCUUGGAAGGGUCGGCAAGCAGCGAUUGCGUGAAGCCAGGAUACAAGCAGUUGAUUUUCUUAUUCUAUUACUUGCUGGACUCUGUUUGGGAACACUUGCUGAAGUGAGUGAUGAAACCUUUGGAUUCAUGGGGUACCUUUACACCGUCAUUGCAGUUCCUCUUCUCACAAAGAUUGCGGCUUUGAGAUCAUUUUCUCUAGAUAAAUUACAUUACUGGAGAGAGAGUGCAUCUGGCAUGAGCGGUUUGGCAUAUUUUAUGGCUAAGGAUACAGUUGACCAUAUCAAUACAAUUAUAAAGCCUGCAGUUUAUCUGUCAAUGUUCUACUUCUUCAACAAUCCAAGAUCAUCGAUUUUGGAUAAUUAUCUCGUCUUGCUCUGUGUUGUAUAUUGUGUUACCGGGAUAGCUUAUGCACUUGCCAUCUACUUUGAACCUGGUCAAGCUCAACUGUGGUCGGUGUUGCUACCAGUUGUUUUGACCCUCAUAGCAAGCAAGGACAGUAGCUCAUUCACGGGGAAAGUAGGAGAUUAUAUCUAUUCAAAGUGGGCCUUGGAAGCAUUCGUUAUUGCAAAUGCUAAAAGGUACUCUGGGGUGUGGCUGAUCACAAGAUGUGGUGUACUAAGGAAAAGGGGCUAUGCACUUGAUCAUUGGUACCCUUGCUUACUAAAACUCAUCCUUCUCGGUGCUAUCAGUCGCUGUGUAGCAUUUUUCUUAUUGAUAACUUUCCAGAAAAAAUAAGUCUUGUUUGUUGCUGUCUUGCGUCAUCACUUGGUAUACAAGGACAAAAGUCAGUUUACAGACUCAAAACCAUGACGAAAAUGUUGGGAAGCCUCAAAAAGUUGGGUCCCUUGUGAAGAUUAUUGUACAUAACCUUGAUAUGAUUCUUGCCAAAAAUGUAAAUUACUCGAAACAGAUGGUAUAUAGCAGCAGGAGUCAAUUAAACAGGUUAAAUGAUUAUUUCAUCUAUAGGUGAAAAAUCAAGUGUAAUAUGUGCCAACAGUAGUUCCUCUAGGAGAUUGAUGCUACCUGGUUCCUGAGCCUCGUGAUGUAGCCUUGAAC